AUCCAAAUUCUAAGUUUGGAAAGUAAAAAGGGAAGAAGAUGAAGGUAGCAAAAUUGAAGGGAGGGAAGUGUUAUUAUACAAAAAAAUUUUGCAUCGCUCCCAACUGUUUACUACAAAUUAAACAGUUUUUGGAAACGAAAAGAAAAACAUAUGGAAACCAACUAUUAAACGCUAACAUGACCUUUUUUUUUGUUUCCGACAAAAAUUCGAUGCCCGCCCACCGCUGGGCGCUGGAGGCGGUGCACCCUCACCUUAUUCCGGCGAGCCCCCAAUUGCAGUAAUAUUAAGCCCUAACCUUUUGUUUUUUAAUCUCUUUUCUAGUUUUCUUUAACCUCUAAAUCUCUUUUAACCUAAAUAAAUAAAUAAAUCGUCACCACGACGCCGUUAUGGCUACGCGGCCAGGGCCCACAAAGCCAUCACCGUCAUCAUGAUCCCAACAUUGGUGACGCUCAUCGGAGACGCACCACCAGAAGGUGCUUCCGCCGGCGCUUCGGCUUCGUCGGAUGGGCUUUCCGCACUGGGGGAUUCCGAUCCCUUGGCCGGCGCGGGAGGAGACGAUUUCGCGUAAUAGUCGUCGGACGGCGAUGGGGAAGAGCUGCUGUCCGGAGAUUCUGACGACGAGCCGCCUUUGCUCGACUUGGAAGGCGCCGGGGAAUCGUCGGAUGAAGAGUCUGCCGGCGAUGGUUCCGAGGAUUUCGCCGCCUUGGGAGACUUCGACGCCGCGGGGGACUUCGAUGGCGCGUCCUUCGACGGCGCCGGCGACGGGCUGUCGCUCUUCUUCUUCUUGGACGGAGCCGGAGCGGGAGAGUCCGACGACGGCGAUGGAGCGGGCGCCGUCGAUUUCCCCUUCUUCCCCCCGGAGGUGGAAUUCGACGAUUUCGAGGGCGACGGAGCCUUCGCCGGCGAUUUCUUCGGCGGGGAGGCGUUCUUGGAUGGGGAUUUGGACGGAGCCUUGGACGGAGCCUUCGCCGGAGCACUCUCUUCAUCGCCUUUCGACGCCGCCUUCUCCGACGUUUUGAUAUCAUCCUCCUCCUCCUUCUCCUCGUCGCCGUCUGGUUUCAAUGUCUUCGGCAUGAACACCUGAUUCAAAUCCCCCGCCUUGUUCACCGCCGGAAACUCCCGCCGCGCCACCAAUUUGCUCGACACCGCAAUCCGGCCGGCAGAGUCGGCGCCGGCCCCCUCACUGGCGACGCUGACGACGGGCGGUGGGGAAACAAUCACGCCGCUGACCUGGAAGAUUGACACAUUAAGCGACGGAACGACGACGGAUCGGAGGAGAGUGACGGUACUGGGCUUGGAUCGGGGAAGAAUCGCGCUGGCGAAGGAAAUCCGACCGCCUUUCCCUCUCUUGGUCACCAGCAACAUUCCAUCUUUGCCCCUGGCCAGUCCCGUCAGGACGUAAAUGGUGCGGAUCAAUGCGGUGCCGUUUUCCAAACUCCUGAGGCGGUCCAAGUCGUAGUACUCGGGGAUCACGUGCAUUGUCAUCGCCCGCUUGAUCUCCUCACGUGACUUCCCGGAGAUGGAGCCCAUGUUGGCGUUGUCGACGGCGAGGAUGGUGACGUUCUUCAGGUUCGUCAUCAUUCCGACGACGCCGACCUGGGCCAGGUAGUUGGAGAAGGUGCUGAACUGCCUCAGCGGGCCCAAGACCUGGGUUACGUUGAAGGCCGAACAAGAGCCGACGGCAGCGAGGAAGAGGAAGGACAAGAGAGCAAGAUGUAUUGAAGUUUGUGAGAAGAAAGGGAGUGAAUUUGGUUGGAGGGAAAGGAGUGAGGCAAUGUCGGAUCGCCAUUGCUGUAUUGAGAGUGUUUAUGGCGAUAAGAGCCACUUGCAGACUCUGGAUUGAACUUCGUACUUGAGAGGUCAUUUCCGCCUUUAAUUAGGGAGACCAAUCGGUGAAAUGGUGGUGGAAGAAGCCACGGAAACAAAGCCCAAUAGCUGCAAGAGCCCAAUAACGGAAGCGGGUCACCUGGAGGUCAAACCCGGCCCACUUCUCAUUUCUCAAGUCUUCCAAUCUCUAAGCUGCUCGAUCAAAUCAUCACCAGCGAUCUACUCAGAAACAGGGAUCCAACGCCGGGAAUAAUAUCUCCGUCGAGAACAGGUGGCAUUCGGCGGCAAGCGCUAGCACUGAAGGAAAGGAGGAGGAUGAAAACGCAAACCCUCGUGUAAGGCGACGCAUUGGGUUUUGGCUGCUCUGCCAGUCUGCUAGUUUCUCGACGGAGUAAAAUGAGGCAGCGACCUGUUGUUGCAAGACCCCUUACCAUCGAAACCGACGAUCAAUUCUCCUCUUGGCAGCAUAGUGGAGAGAAGAGAUCCCGAGAAUCCACUUCACUGUCGUCGUCCCCAACUGAUAGUACCAUCUUCUUGCUCUGUUUGGCGUUUCGGAUAGUUAAUUCUUUUCUUAUACAGACGUAUUUCAACCCAGAUGAGCACUGGCAAUCUCUGGAAGUCGCGCACCGCUUAGUUUUCGGAUAUGGUCAUUUGACUUGGGAAUGGAGGAAGGGGAUUCGUGGUUAUUUGCACCCGUUGAUCUUUGCUGGAUUAUACAAAGUUUUGGCAUUUUUGGGUAUUGAUACUCCAUGGCUGAUGGUAAAGUCUCCAAGGUUGCUACAAGCCCUGUUUUCAGCAGUUGGCGAUUUGUACUGCUACAAAUUUUCUUCUGUUAUCUUUGGUACCAUUGCUGCAAGAUGGGCUCUUUUCGCUCAGUUGACCAAUUGGUUCAUGUUCUUUUGCUUCAACCGCACAUUAUCAAAUAGUCUGGAAGCUGUUCUUACACUGGUGGGUCUGUAUCACUGGCCUUGUAUGCGAAUCUCUCCAAGUGAUGCUUCCCUGGUUUCAAGGAAGUUGGGUUUGGCGAUAGCAGGACUAGCUUGUGCAAUCCGACCAACAUGUGCUAUUAUAUGGGUUUACAUUGGUUUCCUUGAGUUGCUUCUUACACGUGACAGAUUAAGAUUUGUUGCUCUAGAAGUGGUCCCUAUAGGGUAUGUCACCUUUCUCUAAAUGAUCAUCUUAGCUUUCUUAACAACUUAUGUUUGUAAAUCGGAUAGAGGCAUAUUUAUUCUGAGCUAUGAUUCUUUUGAUGUGUGGGGUAAGUUAUGUGAGUUCUGAAAUUGUGUAAAUUGCAAGCAAGCUGUUAGUUACCAUAUGAAAUUUGUUCUCCUCUUCUUCUCAUGUGUAUUUCCUUCUUUCUUGUGUUAUUUUUUGUUAUUUGUCUUCACAUUUUGGUAUACUCUAUUAGGGCGCUCAUGCUUGGACUUUCAAGCAUAGUUGAUCGUGUCAUGUACAACUCCUGGAUAUUUGUACCUCUGAAUUUCCUGAAGUUCAAUUUUCUUUCCUCUGGUGGGGAUUAUUAUGGAACUCACCCGUGGCACUGGUACUUUUCUCAAGGAUUUUCAGUUAUGCUCUUCACUUUCUUACCAUUCUCAAUAGCUGGGAUCAUCAAGUCGAAAUAUUGGAAGCUUUCUGGCCUUGUUGCAUGGGUGUUAACUCUCUACAGUGUACUGGGUCACAAAGAAUUCAGGUUUGUUUUACCGGUGCUUCCAAUAGCUUUGAUGUUUUCUGGAUAUUCAUUGGCCGUGAUGGCAAAACCUGCUCCUCCAAAUAGCAGAAGGAGAAGCUCUCCAUGUUACAAAUGUUGUUCGCAAGCUGGAUUUGCUGUCUUCUUCUUGCUCGCCACUAAUAUCCCAAUGGCCUUGUACAUGAGUUUGGUCCAUCAGAGAGGAACUGAAGACGUGAUGAUCUACUUAUCCAAAGAAGCUCGUGGUGAUAAAGUCAGCCAUAUUCUCUUCUUAAUGCCUUGCCAUGCCACACCUUACUACUCCACUCUGCACCACAAGGUCGCAAUGCGUUUCCUGGACUGUACGCCAAGCGAAGAGAAAGGAAUCCCAGAUGAAUCGGAUAGAUUCAUGAUUGAUCCAGUUGGGUUUAUGGAGGAAUUCUCAAAGAACUGGUCUCUACCUAGUCAUAUUGUGUUAUUUGAAUCACAGGAACAACUGUUGAGGGAUUUCUUGGUUUUACAUUCCUUUAGAGAGUCGCAGAGGUUUUUCCAUGCCCACUUCAAGGUGGACCGCGAUCUCCAAGCUUCUGUUGUCAUCUAUACUUCGGACCACCUUUGAUGAAGUCCUUCCUUUGUCUUUGAUAAUUCAACACAUCUGAAUGACUGAAACAGCUAGGAGCAGCAGUUCCGGUGUCAGACUUGCCUUGCCGUGGAUUGCUGAUUCAAUUUGGCGUUUCAUUUCCUCAACAAACAAUCACCAGUUUUCUUUUCUCCAUUCCAUUUCUAUGAGGAGGCUUUUUUAUUAGCCCGGUUACUUGUUUCAAGUACUUGUUGACAUUGUAGUAUGCAGGAUAGUUAAAGUUCACAUAAGUUUUUGUUUAGAAAGACCGAAGCAUCAUUGUCGGUUUGCAAUGAGCACCAGUAUGGCAAUGAGCACCAGUAUUAGGACGUCCUAACACCAAUAGUUGUUAGAAGAAGCAUAAUUGGGUUGAAUGCGAACAGGGUUUGUGGUAAUUAUUCUCACUCAUACUCAUCCAAGCCUGCUUGACGUUCAGCUCAGGAAAAACUCAUUCAAC